UAACAAUGCCAUAAUGCCUGUUUUACUGCCUACAGUGACAGGACCAUAGACAGUAGAAUUAAGGACAGUAGCCAACCUGCAUAGUUUCUUGAGGACCAAAGGGAAUCUAUGGCAGCCAUCUAAAUGUGCGUCUGUCUGGUCACAAUUGAGUGACCAUGCCGAGCCAAACGACGUCCCCGCCGCUGACAGUGACUGUGUUGGCCGCACUCUGGGUCACUUUGGGUCGGUACGGUGUCUCCGAGUCUCUGGGGCCGCUGGGAUGUGACAAUGGAAAGCUGUCUUUGGAUAGGGACCUGCCUGCGGAUGCUGUUUAUUGGGACUGUCCAGGGUCUACUACUUGGCCAGAGUCUCCUCAGAGACGUCCCAGUAUUGACACAGUGUAUGAUCCUGUGCCAGCCAGGCAGAUCUGCAUGGAUACAUCUAUUUCCUACAACCAUACCAUUCCCAACAGUGGAGCGUACAGACCAGUAAGGGCAGAGUGUGGAGAGUACUUGUACUGUCCUCCUCAACGGUGGCUCAAUAACUUGCACCACGGAGCACCUGUUUUGCUCUACCAUCCCUGUGCGCCUCUCCAUGAGCGUCUACUUCUGUCUGUCCUGGCCCGCUCAUGUCUGCCAGACUACAUUAUUACCUCACAUCCACAGCUCAAUGAAGACAUGCCAGUAGCCUUGGUGUCAUGGGGUCACACCUUGGAGCUGUCCACCGCGGCCUCUUCAGACGUCUGUGAUUGGCUGGAGACCACAACAAAUGCAACAAAACAGUUUGGUGGUGUGAGCCAGAGCAGCAAGUACAACCUGCUGUUAACCUGGUCAGCCGAGCAGCACCGGCAGCAACAUGCACAUCCAGAGGAACACUCCGCAAAAGUGAAGUCUCUGAGGCGAUGCUGUGAGCAGACCAUCUCUUCUCUGCUGAAUGGAGCGACGGAGAAAGAGCUAGAGUCCAACGGGAAGAAGGAACGCUUGAGACAAAUGAAAGAGGAAGGAAAAAGGCGGCAGAUGAGAGCUGCCAUUAGAGAAAAACAGCAGAAUGUUAAGGAUGAGAAUGAGAGACAAAACACAACAACACAACAGACCACCAGAACCACCACCAGCGGCCGGACAGGGAACUUCCAGAACUACAACGGUACGCUUGGACCAUCAGCAGGUUCUCUUCCAGGGAACAGGACUCUCUCACAUCCUCCAGGUCCCAGGGAAACUCCUUCUCAAUCGAAGAUCCAGAGUACAAAACGGAGCCUUAAACCAAUGCCCACAUCUCCUCUGGAGUCAAAUAUGUCUGACCUCAGUAACCCAAACCCCUCUGCUGGGUUGGAUGUUCAGGCAGACGGUGUGAACAGUGAACAUAAUGAUACCGCCAGGCCCGAAGCCCGGGUCCUCGGUACCAAAGAUGAUGGUAUAGACUCAGCCAAGCAGAGGGACGACGACUCUGUUAGACACAGCCUGAAAGAGAAAAUCUCUAAAGAGAAAAACUUUGAUAAAGGCAACACAGCAGACGGCACAAUGAAGGCCAAUGACGUGGUAAAUGUUAAAGAGAGAGAGUUGGAACGUAAGCAAACGCACGGUGACAUGCACUCUCAGCACAAAAGUGAAAAGAUUGGCUUUGGUUCGGUUUCCAAAUCCCAAUCAGAGUCUCCUCCUCAGCCACAACGGCACCAGAAGCCGCAGCCGGCCACUUCCCUGCCCAACAGCCACGACUGCGGCAGCUGCAGAGGAGCCGAACACUGUGAGUGCAACGAGGCCCCUGGGGCCUCGGCCGCUCUCGUGAAUAAAGGGUUACCGAGGACCCCCAGGACAGACGAGGGAGCGUGGGCGGCAGCGGCGCUGGGAUUCCUGCUGAUUCUCCUGACCCUGUCAGUGCUUCACACACGCCUGUACCGCCACUGGAGGACCGCGCCCAGCCUUUACUGGCACGACCCACGACAGGACUACGACAGUGUGGCAGAUGUGAUCCGCAGGAGGCUACGAAUUGCAAACAGGAGACGAAAUAGGGGCAGGAGACAGGAGUGUGUUCUUCUGCCCAGCUCCUCCAGCUCAGAAGAAGAUCUGUAGAAAUAUGAAGGAACAAUCCCAGAGAAAGUAGAGGAGGUGGACAAUAUUGUCAAUUUGGCAACAACCUGUCUAUUAAAAAAGUUACUGGAUAACCUGAAAAGCUCAGGCUGAAAUGCCACAAAGCUGCUCAAGGGUCAGUUAGGUCCUGUUUCCAAAUUGAUUGGGUACGGGGCGAUUUGACAGAGGUCCUCUCGCAUUUUUUUUACUUAUUUUUUUUUUAGAUUGGGACCAUCUUUAUAUCUACUUCUCCUUGUGAAGGAGGGAGAAUGGAAAAACAUUUUUUGACCAUCCAAAACGAGCGUCAUAUUAUAAACCGCUAGAACACAGGCAAAUUAUGUGUGUCAUAGAUUUACCAUUUAAUAAUAUUGUAACCAAAACUACAGUUCCCAAGUAACAAGUAUCAAAGACUAUUUACAAAAGCAGCUAGUUUAUAUUGAUACACAACCAUCAUCAGUCAUGUGGUUCUGGACAUCCCUAUGGACAUCACAGCAGAGUCCAAAGAGAAGCUCUCAGGCUUUAUUACAGAAAGUGACCUGCAAAUUGUAUGUAUUUCUAUUUGUUCCAAUACCGAUAAUAUUCUCCUACACAUCACACAGCGUAUAUGUCUUAGUUUGCUCACUGCAUGUACAGUAUAUGUUUUUUAUUGUGCUACGUUUAGUCCGAAAUUUGAUUUUAUAAAUAGUUUAAUAGUAAUAGUCUGUUGCUUUUACCUGUGAAGGUUUAGUAUGUGAAUAUGUUGCUGUUCUAAGCAACGCUGUGUGUGGUAUGUUUUAUUUUAAAUGGUACAAGCUGUAUUUUUGGACAGACAUUAGCAAAGGAUUUUCAAAGACAAACUCCUCACAGAAGUGUUGAGGGCGUGGACUUCUGCUUGAAACGGCCGUGAUGGAUGUCAGGAUUUUUUCUCAUAUCUUUUAUCAACAUAAGCAAAUGUUAGCAUGGACCAGUUAUAGCCGGAACCGAUAACUCCGUUUUUACCCGAUGCCAUUGUUUUACCUGAACACAAGGAUCCCUUACAUUUUUGUUUUAAAAAAAUGUGACAAAGAUAUGCACUGAUCAGGUCAUUUUACUGUAGAAGAAUACACUUUCUAAAUAACCUCAAACUUGUCUUUAGAAUUUCUGAUUUAUCAUUCUAGCUCUAACUCAAAUCUUGAGAAGGAAAACAAGAAAAAUGCAUUUUACAGACGCAUGUACAAUAAAAAAAUAAGGCCUUAUUUGUUUGAAGAUUGAAAUGUAAUGUGGUUCUUAUACAAAUUCUAAAUGCUAUGGUGGGUUGUAGUGGUCUUAUUGUAACUACAUACUUUUACUUUUGUCAGUUGCUUUUUCUAGAACUUGUCAAUAGAAAUAAAAGCUGAGGCACCAACAGUGGUUGGAUUGUCUUCAUUAGGAAACAGAGGGCUAGUAUAGAACCAGCUCCAGAAAGUAAAAUAAUUGACCUUUAUUUGAAAAGUAUUCCCACACGAUGGGACUCUGCAAAUUCAAUUUAACAUAAGUACAAUUCUUUUGUGAAUAAAAAGUGCAGCAUG